ACUGGUCAUCGUCCAUCGGCAGAUUCAAAACAAACCUCGCCUGGCUCGUCUUCGAUUGGUUACGUACCUACCUACCGACUAGCAGCUUCAGCAGUGGAAGUACCGAAGAUACGGAAGAUAAUGUUACACAUUUAUAAAGCAAAGAAAACUAUCAAAUCGAUCAGUAAAUUAAAACUUGCCUCAGUGAUCUGUUUCGUGAGAGUCCCCGUUCGAUUCUGCUGUACUAAACGAGUUCUAGAUUCUGCCUAUCAACCGGCACGAGUGGAAGCCAACAACCGGGUGAACGUUUUUGGCGCCAAACGUGCACCUUCAAACAGAGAGAAUGACCGGAAGUUCAGUUUAUUGCUUCCGCCGCCGAACGUGACGGGUGAGCUCCACUUGGGACACGCACUGACCUGCUCCAUUCAGGACGUGCUGGUGCGAUGGAAGGAGAAGCAGGGCUUUGUCGGUCUGUGGAUUCCAGGGAUGGACCAUGCUGGCAUUGCCACGCAGGUGGUGGUGGAGAAAAAGGUUCGGAAGGAACGCAGCCUGGGGAGACAUGACUUGGGUAGGGAGGCGUUCUUGGCGGAAAUUUGGAAGUGGAAGCAGGAGAAAGGUUUGAGCAUUGCGGAAGAUUUGAAAAGGAUGGGAACGAGGAUGGAUUGGGACAGACAGUAUUUUACCAUGGACGAGCGGCAGACGGAGGCAGUUGGAGAAGCGUUUCAGAGGCUAUUUGAAAAGGGGUUGAUCUAUCGGGAGAAGUCGCUGGUGAAUUGGUCGUGUUCGUUGGAGUCGGCGAUAUCGGACAUAGAAGUGGAGAAUGUGGAGAUCAGUGGCCCGACACUGGUGGACGUUCCCGGGUAUGAACGAAAGAUUACGUUUGGAGAAAUGGUUGACAUUGCGUAUAAGGUUCAGGGGUCGUUCGAAGAGAUUGUGGUUUCGACGACGCGACCGGAGACCAUGUUGGGGGAUGUUGCUGUAGCCGUUAAUCCGAAUGAUGGCCGUUAUGAGCAUCUGAGAAACAAGAGAAACAUGCUGUGGCAUCCGGUGAGGAAAGACGAGAUUCCGCUGAUAUUUGAUGAAAGUGUGGAUCCUGAAUUUGGAACUGGAGCGGUAAAGAUCACUCCGGCACAUGAUCGAUACGACUUUGAAAUGGCAAAGAAACAUCGUCUCCAAUCGGUUGAAGUAAUUGAUAGCAGAGGAAUGAUCCUGGAAGACUUUGGUCCUUUCUCAAAACUACCACGGUACGAAGCGCGAUCGAAAGUUAUGGAUUACUUAGCCCGGAAUUCUUUGCUCAGAGGAACCAAACCGCACUCUAUGAUUCUUCCUGUGUGUUCUCGAUCGAAAGACAUUGUUGAGUUUCUGUUACGGCCGCAAUGGUUUAUUCGUUGCGGAGAUAUGGCCCGACGGGCAUUAGAGGCUGUCCAAAGUGGACAACUGAAAAUAGUUCCUAACCACUUCGAGAAGGAUUGGUUCCGAUGGCUGGAAAACUGCCAUGACUGGUGCAUUUCAAGACAGCUCUGGUGGGGCCAUCGGAUACCUGCUUAUGAGGUGAGGUCCGCUUCGGCAUCGAGUUGGAUUGCUGCAAAAUCCGAAAAAGAAGCCGAAUUGAAAGCCAAGUCCAUUCUUAAGACCGAUGAUUUUGAAAUCGUUCAAGAUCCGGAUGUUCUGGACACCUGGUUUUCUUCGUCGCUGCUCCCGUUCUCUGCGUUGGGAUGGCCACGGGACUCGGCAGAUGUCAAACGUUAUUACCCACUAGAUUUGAUGGAAACCGGUCACGAUAUUCUGUUCUUCUGGGUGGCAAGAAUGGUAAUGUUGGGACAGGAAUUAACGGGACAGUUGCCGUUCGGGAAGAUUCUUCUGCACGGGAUUAUUUGCGAUGAGAGUGGUAGAAAAAUGUCCAAAAGUCUAGGAAAUGUGAUAAAGCCGGAACAGGUGAUAGAAGGGACGUCCCUUGAUAAGCUAAACCAAGAACUGGAAGCUUCACAUAGGCAGGGUAUUCUAUCCGCUUCUGAGUUGAAGAAAUCUGUCUCCACGCAGAAGAAGAUGUUUCCCAAUGGGAUUCCGGAGUGUGGGACGGAUGCAUUGCGAUUCACACUCUGUUCCAGCAACAUGAAGAAUCACUUCAUCAACUUUAAUGUUCAAGACUGUCACACAAACAAACUGUUCUUCAACAAAAUUUGGCAAGCGACUCGUUACACCUUAGGAAGCGCUGAGAAAUUCAACCCAAGUGGUAUAAAGUUGAACAAAGAUUCUCUAACGGAAAUAGACCGAUGGAUUCUUAGCCGACUUGCAAAUACAAUCGUAUCCUUUGAACAUGCCUUGGAAGCUUAUAAUUUCCACCUAGCCACAGCAGCACUCAAAACCUUCUUCUACAGCAAUUUCUGCGACGUCUACUUAGAAACAACCAAAGUCCUCAUGAACGACCAACACACUUCCGUCGCCACCAACCACUGUCUAGUCCUGCAGCAUUGCCUUUCGCUUGGAUUAUACCACCUGGAGGUGUUCACCCCGUUCCUAGCAGCCGAGCUGCGACCUCACCUUCCGCCACCGGAUUUGAACUUCCAGCCCACCGACUGGAUCGACCCCAGCUUGGAAUCCACUGUGGAUCAGCUACUACAGAUAUGCCAAAGCGUUCGCCAGGCGAAAAGUGAAUCCCCCACCCCGAUCGCCCGCAAACACGAUCCGGUUCUCCACAUCCUAGCCAAAUCGGACCCACUCGCUGCGCUGCUUCAAAGGCACGCGGACAACAUUCGGCAGCUAACGCUCAGCUCCGGGGUGGUACUGCAUCGGAACGAAGCCGAUUUCAAUUCCGAAACCUUCGCAACGAAAUCCACCGCCAGUCACGUUUGUUCCUUCGGAAUUGUCACGAAUUCUGCGUUGCCUGCUGCACCGGGAGCUGGAGGUGGAAACAGCAAAAAACUAGUCAAGCUGGAGACCGAGUUGGAACGACUGUUGGGUACGGUGAACAACGAGGGUUAUAGAAAAUCUGCGAGUGAGACGGUUCAGACGAAACAUGCUGAGAGGAUCAAACAACUUCGAAUACAAAUCGAAGAUAUGCGACGAAUUGUGAUUUAAAGUGUAGGGUAAGUGCAAAUAUUAGAUUACCAGCCAUGUUGACCAUCGUGGUACGCUCUUACCACUUUACCGAACCAAAGUCGUGUGCUUAUUUUCAAAAACAAUUCGAAAUGCAUCCUUUUUGGUCGGUUUAUCU